GAGGAAAAGACUGAAUUAGAGACCAGGAAGUGUUGACGCGGUUUACAUCUGUCGGUCAUUCGAAGAAACAGUUACAAACAUUUUAACUUUAAAGGAUAAAGCGUAACAUUUCCCCCACCCCGUGGAGUAAAUUAAAACACCAAACAGUGAAAUCAUGGGGUUGGCUGAUCCAAAUAGUACGGAGCCAAGAGAAGGAGAGUCUUCACAGGAGGUGGAUCCAGUUAAAUCUCUGCAGUCUCAAGUGGAUGGGGUCAAGGAUAUUAUGACCCAGAAUGUAGAUCGGAUCCUGGCCCGUGGAGAAAGACUGGAUGAUCUGAUGGACAAAUCUGAAGACCUGCAAGCUGGGGCCCAGAACUUCAAGCACACCUCUCAGAAGGUUGCUCGUGCCUACUGGUGGAAGAACGUGAAGCUGAUUGUGGUUAUUGUUGUGAUAGUCCUCAUCAUUGUACUGAUUGUCAUAUUCCUUGCUACUGGUGUGAUCCCGACCAGUGCACCUGCACCCAAACCUCCCACUGUGAGACCACCAUAAGAUUUCUAUCAGUUACAAACGCUCACACAUACACAUACAGAUAUAUGCAACCAUGUCCACACACCAACACAAGUCAUAACUCCAGGAAUUCACACACAUCCUACACACACAUACCUUUUAUUUGCACAUUUUGCUCAUGUACCUUCAUAUCUCAUGGUAUCACACCACCUUUUAAUGAGUAGCUUCCAUAAUGACAGCUUCGAAACCUUGAAGUGGAGGAUUUUAAAAAGUCUAUAGACACAUUGCUGUCUAUUUUCAUACUUCUCUCCUCCUGAAAGGUCAAUCUAGUGGCCACUUCAGCUGUCUUUAUGGUUCUCUAAAGCCUGAUAAAAUGCCACAACUGUAAAAGUACUUGCAAUAUUGUUCAUAAUCAAGGGACCCUUGAAAUAGUCAUAUACUGGCAUUGAUCCAGUGAAGGUAAUGGGUUAAAGUUCUAUCUAUUGAAUUAUGAAGUAUAUUUAAGACUGUUAUAUUAGAUUACAUAAGAUGUUACUUGUAAUUAUGGAAUACUUUUAGAUCUUCAAGUGUCUCUUUUGUAUUUGAUGGGUCACUGUCUUUGUGCUUUUGCCUACAAUUAUGUUAUUUGUAUAAGGUCAAACAAGAAUGUGUUCUUACAACUGUUGCAUUACCCAAACACACCAUUUAAUUGAGGAAAUUAUAAAAUUGUAAGAUGUUUGGGUUAAUUUUUCUGUCUUAAAUCUUUACUGAAAAUUGGCAAUGCCCCAAACUUCAAAACAGAGACAGAUUUUUGUCCUAUAGAAUGAAUUAACCUUUUUUUAAUGGAACAAGAGCACCUGAACAAGGUCAUUUAGAUAGCAAAAUUUAGAUAGGAAUGAUGGAUAUUUUCUGUGUCCUCAUAAAUCACUGCAUUAUAUUUGACAUGCAGUGUAACACUUGCACUGUACCGCAUACAGUUAGUACUGUCAUCAGAAUUUGAGGGUACGGCAUCAAAAGUUUGGCCUUGCACUGUGGGAGCUUAAUGAAACCCAAGACGCAUAA